CCAGGCCUCAAACUGUCCAAAAUUCCUUUUGUCUUCUAAAAAUCCAAAACAGCUUUUCUCUGCUCUUCUCUGAUUUUCUCACAAGAUGCUGUGGCAAGGGCAAACCGUUACUUUUUAUCAGUACAAGAAUGCUUCAAAAAGCUAAUGAAUAGACUCUGUCAGAGCAGGCCUGAGACUGACUUUUAUCUCACUCUAGUUGCAACAUCUUUGGACAUGCUGAACUACUCUCAUUCCCCCUUUCCUGGGAAGGGUGCCAAGAGGCCACAAUAGUCCCAAGACAGCUUUCUGUACAUGCUCAGGAACCUCAACAUGGGGCAGGCCUCUGGAAGAAGGAGGAGAAAGGAGGAGGGAACUGGAAGGGGUAUAUAUGCUUGUGCACAUGAUUGUGAACUCGUGCAUGCUUUUUGUGAACUAUCACACUUGCUCCUUCUACUAGUUCAUGGAUGGUAGAAAUAAAAAGCCUUUUCUCCAAAACUAUUCCUUGAGUGUCUGUUGACUCCCACUUCCCUUUCCCAGGCGCAAUAUUUUUCCCACCCGAGGGCAAAGCCUCAUAAGGCUACAUUUUCUUGGUGCGUUUGGCCGGGAAAAACAGAUUCCCUGAGGAUAAGGGAUGUGGGUUCAAGGCGUCCCUGUGGUGAACAGCUCGGUUCGUGUCAGCAGUUCCAGUGCACAUCCUGCCAAGUUCGGGGGAGGAAUUGCCCCCCGUUCCCGAGUGGACACACUGCAAGGACCGGAGAAAAAGCAACGGCCGAAAGAAGGUACCUCGAGGAACAAGGUAGGCUCCACAGGGUAUAGGUGGAAGCAAACAAACAGGGCCUGAUCAACCCGACCAGUAGGGCAGAAAAAGUGCCACUGGUUUUGGUGUCGCCCAGAAAAAGCAGUAAAGGGUGCUGCUGGGCCCCGGUCGAAGUCUAAGCGCUGCCGGUUGGUUGGUUGGUUUUGGUAAAAAAAGGGGAUUUGGGGAGGUGCAUGGGUUUUUCUGAAUGUGCGUGUGGGGACACUCCAGUGAAUGUUUUGAGUGUGUGAGACGUUGGAAGCAACGUGUGGUCUGUGACUGAGUGAGAGAAAUGACGUUAGGAGGAGGGAGUGUCCCAGUGUCCCAAGUGUUCCAGGGUUCCAGGGUCAUGGAGAAAAAGCAGUAAAACAACUCCCACGACCCCCCCCCCCCUGCAAUGUUUUUUCCUGAAAAAAAAAUUGGACAGACGCCACAAAAGGGAGAAGAUUGGGGAUUUUUUAAAAAAAACCUUAAGAAAAAUAGACUCCAAACACUUAUGUGAAGUUCCUGACCGUCCCCCAUGGCUUAGGAAAAGUAGAACUGUGAAAGCCAAAACUGUGCCCAGUAUGGCAGCAAGUACAAGUUAGAAAAAAAACAAACCAGCAGUCUUGCCAGACCCAGAAGACAAAGGAGGAAGGAGUAAUCUGGCCCCCUCCAACCUACGCACCAACUGCACCCGUUGCUGCACAAGGGUUGCCAAAUCUGGGAGCAGAUGAGUGAGGGCACUGGUCCUUUCCCCCUGCCCAGAAGAACACAGGUCCUUCCCCCCUUGCCCGGGCUAAGGAUACCCAACCCCCAAGAAAAGAGACUGAGGAAGAAAGAGUAGAGGAAGUUGAGAAUGGUGAAAUUCAGGAGGAAUCAGGUGAAAUGGACAAGCAGACAGUCCAAAAGAGUAUUUCAGUAUGUGAAUUGGCAGAAAGAAAAGAGCAGAAGAUUUUUAAAGAGCCACGUGAGAUACAGCCAGGAAGCAAUCCAAAAGAGUGAGCUGGAUGUGGCUUCUUGAGUUCUAGAAGCAGCACAAUGCAAGGAUGUGAAUUGACAGAAAGAAACAGAAGGGAAGGCUUUGAGAGCCGCAUGGGACAGAACUGUUAAAAAAAAGAGACAAUUAAAACCCGAGGGGUUAAAAUCCCUAGGAUUACAAUAUUGACCAUUGAGAAAAUCUGCAAGAUACAUGCCCUCAGGGCAGCGGACAAUACUGAUGUUGCAAUUGAGGCAGCUAAAACUCCACUUUGAUGGCCCCACCCCACCGAGUGUACGACCUCCUGGAGUCAUCCGACGCCCAGGACCACGGACCUCCAAGCACCCUAAAUCAGAAUCCUUCUUUCGAAGAGGACCUGGCCAAAAUAAUUAGGGGUUUGUCUUGAAACAGCCAGAGAGGAGGAUGGCACUUAGAGCCGGCAAGCAGCCAGCAGCCAAAAAUGUAAUCCCGGAGGGUGUCCACGGGAGGGGCAGAAGACGCCUAGGGAAGAAACCAGUGCGCCAUCUGCAGGCAAGAGGGUCACUGGAAAAUGGAAUGCCCACAGGCCCCACGCCCGACACACCCCACCCCCACAGGCUGGGAACAAUAAGAUUUCUCAAAAAUGAUUUCUUCUCAUCUCUGUUCUUGCUGAAAGACUGUUGCAGCAAAGUAAGUGAACUAACUGUUUCUAACAUUCAUUCAUGCAAGUAACAGGACAUCACCUUUUUUUUUCCUCCUUGUGCCAGGCGCUUGGAGUAGUUUAUCUUUUGGCAGCUAUCUCAGAAGGACACUGCUGCAUUCAGCCAGCUACUCUGACCUGCUACUGCCUGGAGCCAAUUAGGAUUUACAGUCAAGCGACAUAAAUCCGAAGGCCAAGGGUUACCCACCCCCUUGCCCCAAGCACUAACCUGGAAAAGUGCCUUUCUUAAAAAAGCAAGUGAACGCUUUCUGUGAACUUUGUCAAAAGUAUUUUUCUUUUUAAGGUGCAAUUUUACUCUGAAAAAGGAGCCGCAGCAUAACAUAGGAACUGAUACUUUGAGGAAUUUGAAACUUUGCCAGAAGCAAGGAGUGCACUGUUCUUUCUACAGACACUGGCAAAUGAACUGAAAUUUGCAACAUAGCUUAAAGCUCUGAAAAAAAUAGAGCAGAGAAAAAGACUUUUAAAAAUCGCAGCUGGCAAGAAACUUAACCCAAGAAAAAAAGGACUGUCAAAAUAGGGUUGCCAUGUUAACCUCCUGCACUGUUCCACGUGUGAAGUCUUCCUGCCACAUACCCUAGAACUAUACCAAUGUGCAAAAUGUUAUCUAUCAAUGCGCAGUUGCUGCCGUGUCUGUUUUUCUCUUCUCUUGACAGGUGAACCGGCCAGAGACUGUCCUGUUAUCUACAGCUGUUAAGGACGCCGGCAUCUGUGACACCUGAUCUACACCGGCCCCUUCGACUCACCCCAGACAUCGCUCCAGCAUUGUUGGAAGGGACCCGAGAUGCCCAACGCCCGUGAGAUGACCACCC